GAUUUACAUCUCGACUAUUUUUCUGUAUCGCUUUUCCUUUUCAUUGUCUCUGACGGGUUUAAGUUAGGGUUUCAACCUUCACUCUGCACCCAUUGCCGGCCAUGGCGAAACCAAGCAGAGGCCGUCGCUCGCCGCCGUCGGGCUCAGCUUCCUCCUCACGUUCCCGCUCAUUCUCCGGCUCUGAUUCCCGUUCCAGUUCCCGUUCGCGCUCCAGGUCUGCAUCUGUGUCCCGCUCACGCUCUCGUUCCAGGUCCAUUUCUUCGUCUUCGUCUCUCUCUCGCAGCGGUAGUUCUCGGAGCAGAAGCCCCCCUCCUCAGAGAAAGAGUCCGACUGAAACAGCUCGGAGGUCUCGUCCUUCACCUCCUCCAGCUAAACGAAGUUCUCCGCCACCCAGGAAACCAUCUCCUGUACGCGAAUCACUUGUUCUUCACAUUGACGCACUGAGUAGGAAUGUCCAUGAGGGUCAUUUAAGAGAAAUUUUCAGUAAUUUUGGUGAAGUCGUCAAUGUCGAGCUGGCAAUGGAUCGCACAGUAAACCUUCCUAAAGGAUAUGGAUAUGUUGAAUUUAAAACGAGAUCUGACGCUGAAAAAGCCCAAGUGUACAUGGAUGGUGCCCAAAUUGAUGGGAAUGUUAUACGAGCAAGAUUUACACUGCCUCAAAGACAAAAGAUGCCAACACCUCCAAGGACUGUAGCAACUGUUCCAAAGAGAGAUGGUCCUAAGCCUGAAAAUGUUGGUCCUGAUGCUGAGAAGGAUGACAUGAAAAGACAGAGAGAACCUUCUCCUCGUCGAAAACCUCCUUCACCUAGAAGGCGCUCUCCUGUUGCUCGACGAGGUGGGUCUCCUAGAAGACAACCUGAUUCUCCACGUCGUCGUCCGGACUCUCCUCCACGCCGCCGCAUAGAAUCUCCUUUUCGUCGCGAUUCUCCUCCUCCUAGAAGGAGGCCUGCAUCACCCAUGAGGGGUGGCCGUUCCCCAUCGCCUUUGGCAAGACGACAUAGAUCUCCUCCAAGGCCCUCCCCAAGAAGAAUUCGUGGAAGUCCUGUUCGAAGACGUUCACCACCACCUCCUAGGCGCCGCACACCACCUCGACGUGCUCGUAGUCCUCCAAGAAGGUCUCCAGUAGUUCGUAGAAGAAGUCGUUCGCCUAUUAGAAGACCAGCUCGAUCACGCUCCCGAUCGUUUUCACCACGGAGAGGUCGGCCAGGCGCUGCCGGUAGGCGUGGGAGAUCAUCAUCCUACUCUGCAUCACCUAGUCCACGCAAGGUCCCCAGGAGGGUAUCUCGCAGUCCAAGAAGGCCUUUGAGAGGAAGAAGCAGCAGCAGGAGCAGUAGCAGUAGUUCGCCACCUCGUAAGCCAUAAACAACUCUUCACAUCUCUCUCCCUCCCUCUCUCUAAAUUCUCUUGUUCAAUGUGUAUUCCGAAAAAAUGCGACGUUUUGUUUUCUUCCCGACCUGGUAAAGAGCUUUCUUGUACCGAAAAUAUUUGGAUUUAAUCCCCAUUUUGGUUUGUUUGUAGUUAGUUUGUUUUUCUGUUACUAAUUGGAUUAAAAACAUUUAGAUAAUACUUUGUUCUAAAUGCAGUCUGUAGUAUUAUUACACUCCUACUAUUGAAAGGUACAAACAUGGAGCGUUCCCCUUUUCCUUGUGGGUUUUAGAGACUAUAUUCCUUUUCUUAUA